AGGUCUAAGCCGACCUAUAUAAGAGGGAGAGAGAGAGGAUGUGUUUAAAAUAGUUCAGUUGUUGGUCAUUACAACUUUGAAGAGCAUAUACAGUUCGUUUAAAAUGGAUAGAUCCCGGAUCACGGUUUUGACGUGUACUUUCUUGCUUUUGUUACAGUGCGGCUUGUGUUACUGCGUUAUAUCAUGUCCCCAGUGUACCGAUGAGAACGACGUAGGCAAUACUAUAAUGACUGAACGUGACAUGAGCAAGCUGAGGAACUUCGCUGCGUCAAAAACGGCCUGUACGGCGAACACUGUGCCCGCCAUCCCUUGCCCUCCAGGCGUAGUGCUGUGCGAAGCGAAUUUUGCCCAAUUGGUUUUUGCUGUAGAGAACGAAAAAAACCAAAACGAAUCGUAUGAGCUUAUGUUUCUGACAACCGUGCGCAACUGCUCGGAGAACAUGAACAUAAACCAGACAGCCAAGUGUCUCACAAUUUCGGAUAAUAUAAACCCCUGGCCCGGGCUUAAAGUAUCUCAACGGAAAUGCUUCAACGUUUCUACAUACGGACCUUUUUAUAAUGCUGGUAACAAUAUUGGCCCUAUUGGUCACGCGUUUCUUUUCCUGUUCCCUCUUUGGAUUGUAACAAUACUGUAGUAUUUUACUAUCUUGACUUGUAUAUAAUUAUCAACGUUUGUCUGUACCUCUACUCAAUUGAAAUUUAUGAAGCUUGACCCAGAAUUAUGUAUGAGUUGUGGAAAAUAUAGUAUGUUUUAUUAAUUGUAUAAAUCCAUCUAAACUACAAAAAUAAAAUAAAGUAUAUAAAGCUACGUGAGCGCAGGGUAUGUUUAAAUUUAUGUAUAUAACUAGAACACGUAUUUUGUCACGUACAGUUUUUUUUCUUUGAAACAGUUAAGUAUUAUAAAAUAUUCGUCAUUAUUUAUUUUGUAAAUAUAUCAUGUGUUUAUCUUUGUCAUUAUAGUACGACGUGACAAAAGUUUGCUGUAUAAUGUAAAUACAAUAUAUAAGGUGAAUAAUGUAAAUAUAAUGUUUGCAAAUCA